AUGCCCAAGUUCUUUUGCGAUUACUGCGAUGUCUACCUCACCCACGAUAGUAUGAGCGUCCGCAAAGCUCACAACAACGGUCGCAAUCACUUGCGCAAUGUCCAGGCCUACUACGAGCAAAUCUCCUCCGAUCAGACGCAGCAAGUCAUUAAUAGUAUAACUGACGCCUACAACACCGAAGGACAGGCGAAUCCUUUGUUCCAGCAGAACCUCAGCGGAGGUUUCCCAGGAGGACCCAUGGCCAUGGCUGGCAUGGGCGGUCCUCCAAUGGGUAUGCCCGGGGGUAUGCCACCGUUUAUGCCUCCAGGAAUGCCACCAAUGGGAGGGAUGCCACCACAAUUCAUGGGUCGCGGAGGUCCACCAAACAUGCCACCGAAUAUGCCCCCGUUCCCAGGCCCCCAUGGUAUGCCCCCUGGUGGCCCUGGCGGUGCACCACCACACAUGCCCCCCUUCCCACCACCGCACAUGGGCGGCGCCCCUCCACCAGGCAUGCCUCCAUUUCCCUUUCCCCCGCCUGGCAGCGCUGGCUCACCACCCGGAGGUCUGCCCUUCCCCCCACCCGGAGCCAUGCCCCCUGGCGCGCCACCAGGACGCUUCCCUUCUGGACCACCUGGCCGUUAG